CCGCCCCCCCGUCUAUAAGAGGGCCCGUGGAGCCGCGUGAGUCCCCACUGACUCGCGCAAAGCCAUCUUGGCAUUGUUCUGCCCGCGCCGCCGCCCCCGCCGCCACAGCCCCGCCACAGCCCCGCGCGCCCCCGCCAUGUCCGACGCGGCCGUGGACACCAGCGCCGAGAUCUCCGCCAAGGAUCUAAAAGAGAAGAAGGAAGUUGUUGAAGAAACAGAAAAUGGCAGAGAUGCACCGGCCAACGGCAAUGCUGAGAACGAGGAAAACGGAGAGCAGGAGGCUGACAACGAAGUAGAUGAAGAGGAAGAAGAAGGUGGUGAGGAAGAGGACGAGGAGGAAGAGGGUGAUGGUGAGGAAGAGGAUGGUGAUGAAGAUGAUGAAGCUGAGGGAGCCACAGGCAAAAGGGCAGCUGAGGAUGAUGAGGAUGACGACGUCGAUCCCAAGAAGCAGAAAACCGAUGAAGAUGACUAGGCAGCAAAUUUAUUAUUAUUAUUUUUUUUUUAAAUAAGGAGGAAAACAAACCAACAAAAAAAGGCCAGCGCAUCCUCUUCACCCUUGGGACCCCCUUCCCUCCUGUUACAGCCCUUUUUCCCCUCCCCGACACACACACAGCCCUUCCUCCCCCCUCUGCCGUGGUCAUCCUCACCAAGUAGAGUGAACCCCAGCCCCCCGGCGCGGCGCUGCCACUCAAUGACCAUACGAAACGAUUCGCCUGUUAGCGGGGAGAGAACCCCCCCUUUCCCACAGACCCUCCCCCCAAGCACCAAAACUUCAAGGCCCUGCUUUCUUUCUUAAAAGUACUUUAAAGGAGAAUUUGUUUGUAUUUUUUAUUUACAUUUUAUAUUUUUGUACAUAUUGUUAGGAGGUCCGCCAUUUUUAAGUGAUCUCGGAUUGACCAAAAGGGGGGCUUUGAAGUGUAUAUCUCUUGUUACCUAUCUCUGACUUUACUUGUGGUGUGACCAGGCCCAAACCAUUAUCUCAAAGGAGAAUAAAACAAAACCUUGUAAAAAAAAAAAAAUUAAAAAAGAGACAAAAAUGCAAAAAAAAAAAAUUUACAAUCUUA